AUUAAUGUUUCCGCGCAGGUGAUUUAAAGAUAUUCUUAUGGCAAGCAAACGGCAAAAAAUACAUUUAUCAAGCUUAAAAUCAAACUAGUCAAAAGAUGGCGUCUUAUUUAUCAGCGGUGUCCCUAGCUGUGGUCCUCGUAGUAUGUACAAUAACGUGGCCUCGGUUGACCUUGGGUGCUGAUGAUGACGAUGAUGAUGAUGGCAUGUGUGACAAUGACUUGCAGUGUGAAAUCAUAGCUGCCUUCACCACCAGUGCCAAGACAGAGUGCUGCGAUGGAGAGUGCAGGGAGACGUGUUUGAGUGUGGGACUUCUGAUUCUGCUGUUUGUCCUUCUUCCCUGCCUCGGAUGUGUUCUCUGCGUGGGAUUGGUCAUUGGAGGCAUACUUUGUGCCAUUAAACUCAGCAACCAGAACAAACAAGUAGGUCAGGUGAUAGUCAGGGGACCAAGUGCUGCAAUGGCCCAUACCGGAAGUGUCCACUACAACGCUCCAUGUCCAUACCCAGUGCCUCCUUACAACAGCGCACAGCCACAGUCUGCUCCUCUGUACAUGCCUCCUCAGCCCCCUCAUCCUCAACCGCCCCCCGCGGGUUAUGUGAACAAUUAUGACCAAUCGAACAACUGCCAGUCGCCAGCUGUCAAUUACUGAAAACGAAAUAUAUUGAUUUGAAUAGCAUGAUCGGGUUGCUUAUUAACGUUUUACAUUGCCCGGUUCUUUUUCCUUCCCCCUCCCCCCACCUCAC